UCAUCCGUAAUGAAGAAAGGGGUUUCUGACCAUUUGCAUACACAUCUGGACCCCACUCUCACCGUCUCAAAACUUCCUGGGGAUCUGUCACAAUGUUAGCUAUGUGAUACUUUUGCGACGCCCUGAUCUCACUCUGCUACAGACGCGACGCUACUAUUGUCUUGUUAUCUAUUUAUCAACAGUGGAAUCCAACCGACCUUUUCCAGAACUGCCGUGGUAUUUAAGAUUUGUACCGCGUGUCAACUGUCACUGUUGUUUUCUUGGUGAAGAUUUACACUAAUCCAGGCACACGUUGCUGUUAUGGACCCCGAGAGGGAGGGGAAAGAGAGCGAAUAUUCAGUGGCAGUUAUCCAAAUUAUCUCGGACUUUUUCUCAGUAACUAUAACAGUAAAGGUCAGUAAUGGCUUCUCAGCUGCAUAGGCAUCUUGAUCUCUGCGACGGAUGUUUGGUGUCGCCGCAGGGGAUGGAGAAUAUACUGUAAAAGGACGAAGGCUGGAGGAGGAGUUGAUAGAUGUAGCCUACUGUCGUAUGACUAAAACGGCGCAUUCACAAUCACAUAGGUAGCCGCUCCUACAACCUGAAGACACCAACCCUACACAGUAGCACCUGAGGGAUUUGAUAUAACCUGUCUGUAAAGGGCUUCGUUGUCCAAUUCAUUAGGGCGAUUACUCAGUCCACUGGCCACACUGGAGCCCUCACAUUUCUGGCUGCUGAAUAGAAUGGCUGUUGAUGACCGGCACCUUCCCUCCAGCUGCGGGUCCUACAUCAAGACGGAGCCGUCCAGCCCCUCCUCAGUCAUCGACACGGUCAGCCACCACAGCCCAAGCGGCAACUCGGACGCCAGCGGCGGCUAUGUCAGCGCCAUGAACAGCCACUCCAACGGCCUGGACUCUCCGCCCAUGUUUACGCCCGGCGGGCUGGGCGCCGGCCCCUGCCGCAAGCGCUACGACGACUGCUCCAGCACCAUCAUGGAGGACUCACCCAUUAAGUGCGAAUACAUGUUGAACUCCAUCCCCAAGAGGCUGUGCCUGGUCUGUGGAGAUAUAGCCUCUGGGUAUCACUAUGGCGUGGCCUCAUGUGAGGCCUGCAAAGCCUUCUUUAAAAGGACAAUACAAGGCAACAUAGAAUACAGCUGUCCCGCCACAAACGAGUGUGAGAUCACAAAACGGAGACGCAAGUCAUGUCAAGCCUGCCGCUUUAUGAAGUGUCUCAAAGUGGGGAUGCUCAAGGAAGGUGUGCGUCUGGACCGUGUGCGAGGGGGAAGACAGAAGUACAAGAGGAGGAUGGAUGCAGAGAACACAACGUACCUGGGCCUCACACUCCCCCCUCCUGCCAAAAAACCCCUCACAAAGAUAGUGUCCCACUUACUGGUGGCCGAGCCAGAGAAGAUCUACGCCAUGCCUGACCCCACCAUGCCUGAGAGUGACAUCAAGGCCCUGACCACGCUGUGUGACCUGGCUGACCGGGAGUUGGUGGUCAUCAUUGGCUGGGCAAAGCAUAUCCCAGGCUUCUCCACGCUGUCGCUGGGAGACCAGAUGAGUCUACUGCAGAGCGCCUGGAUGGAGAUCCUGAUCCUGAGCAUCGUGUUCCGCUCGCUGCCCUACGAGGACGAGCUGGUGUAUGCAGAGGACUACAUCAUGGACGAAGAACACUCGCGGCUCACUGGCCUGCUCGACCUCUACGUGUCCAUCCUGCAGCUCGUACGCAAGUACAAGAAGCUGAAGGUGGAGAAGGAGGAGUUUGUCACCCUCAAGGCCAUCGCUCUCGCCAACUCAGACUCCAUGCAUAUAGAGGACGUGGAGGCAGUGCAGAAGCUCCAGGAUGCGCUCCAUGAGGCCCUGCAGGACUAUGAGAGCAGCCAGCAUCAGGAGGACCCCCGGCGGGCAGGCAAGCUGCUCAUGACCCUGCCCCUGCUGCGUCAGACUGCCACCAAGGCCGUGCAGCACUUUUACAGCAUCAAGGUUCAGGGCAAGGUGCCCAUGCACAAACUCUUCCUGGAGAUGCUGGAAGCCAAGGUCUGAUGGAGGAGCAGGUGAUGCAGACAGAAGGACAUGGAGAGAGGGGACUCAGGACAGGAGAGGAACACCCUGCUGACUGUGACAGGAGACUGUGACUGACCUGUGACUGUGACUGACCUCUCUCGCGCUUUGCCCCCUCGAACCCAAGACAUUUAAAAAAUAAAACAAAUAAAAAAUAAAGAAGAACAAAUGCAAAACUUGGUUAAAAGUAUAAAUGUAAAAUGAUGCAGAUUAAUUUAAAAUAUAUUAGAAAUACUAUGUACAGUAAUAAUUUUGUUUUGUUUAUGGUCUGUGGUCAUACUGUAUGUGAAGGAUCCUCUCUAUAUCUUCAGAAGGAAUAAUUGCAGGCUCUUAAUUAACAUGGUUUUAUUUCUAGUCAGAAUAUACAGUUGAGUCAACCACUAUGACUCACUUGUUAGACAGUUGUUUCACCUCCUGGACUUGACCAGGACAUGUAUAUAUUUAUUAAUAAUGAUUGACUGAGUGUACAGUUAUGUCUGGUGAAGCCGACGGCCAUUUUCUCUCUUUCUCCUUCUUUGGAAAAAAAAUGAAAAGAAAGAAAGAACAGAAAGUGUUACCUAAAUGUGAGCUCUACUGAUCUAAAUGUCCUUGAAUAUACCUCUUCAGAGCAGUGAGCUGUGUGAUGUGGAUUGGUCUCAGACAGGAAGAAGAUAAACUGGUCACAUGACAUGUUUAACCAAACUAGCGUAGCCAGGUAGUCAGUCGUCUUAUUCUGUAGUAACUCAGCAAUAAAGGGAGCCGUGCCGUGGACAAGUAAUUUUAAACCUCCUAUAUCAUCUGUUUCACUACGCUGCUGUCUGUCUGUCUGUCUGUCUGUCUCUCUCUGUCUCUCUCUGUCUCUGUCUGUCUGUCUGUCUGUCUGUCUGUCUGUCUGUCUGUCUGUCGCUAGAAGACCAUGCCCUCCCAUUUGUGUGUGAGUGUGUGUCCUGGCAAUGGACCACUCACCUGUUGCACUGUAGCGUUUCUCCUCUGUAAACCCCACAUUUGGUGAUUGUUCAAGCCAAUGGAAAUUGCCUCCUGGCAACUGAGUGAAUGACCUCAUCUGGGCAGGGUGAAAGAUGAUGAGUGGGUUUGGGGGCGGGGGUAUCAAAGGAUUACUGCCGAGUGGCAGAAGUCCAGAAGAUUCCAUGUUCAAACAAUCAGAGGCCCAUGUGUCAAAUGCUCUAUUUUGGGUCCUUUAAGACCGUGGCAGAGUCCUCCCACACAGGGAGCAAGGUGUCCAGCAUCUGCUAGCAGCAUUUUAGAAGCUGCCUGUCUUUUUAUAGCUGGGACUGUCUUUAUGGAGCUACAGCCAAACUGAGGUGAAUGGCAGGUGCAGUGAUGUGUUGGUAGCUAGCGCUUCACGCUGACUGGGGGUAUUUUUAACCCAGAAGGAGGUUAUUGCUGUAGCUGCCUGCCUGCUCUGCCUCCCUCCAGGAGUACAGUAGACACGUGGAACGCUGCUUGACCCCAUGUUGACACAGUAGCUGUGGUGUAACACCUCUCAACAGACCAGGAGACAGACAGGCAUCCUUAAAGACAGCAAAUCACUCCCCAAGGUGCUCCUCUUGUGAGAAGCCACGCAGGCUACAAAGUGUCAGCAUGUUUCAAAGGGUAGCACCAGUCCCAUGGUGUGUCUGAACAAGGUGUGAUCUCGGUGGGAAAGUGACGAGAGGGCCUCCAUGCUCCCAGUGUGUAGGUAGGUCGACCUCCUUGGUGCAUGCUGGGCCCUGUAGUUCAGUACUGUAGACCUACAGUACAUACUCAUGCUGUUCUUGUUCUGCAUGGGAGAGAAUGUGAUGGGAGGGGGAUGAUUAUACUACUGACGUGAUUAAUGUGAUGUGAUACAUGUUGGUGCUGUCACAAUAUGAAACCGUGAUCAAAGGAAUCCCUGACAUUGUAGACAGGAUGGUUGCUACUCUGCUUGUGAUAUCAUUGACCAGUGUUAAUCCUGCAGCACCCUAUUUUACUGCAGCCUGAUUGGUCACUUAAUGGCGGAUGACUACACACCCCAACACCUAAUAAUCCCAAUUUGAACUAGCCGCUGUCUAUUUAACAGGCUCCACUUUAGGGGGUGACCAUGUAACUUGAACUAUUUUACUGUUGUGCAAUACAACGGGGACCACUUCUGACUGAAACCAUGCUGUAAGCAUGCUUUUACCAAGAUUUUGGACAAUUGGAUUAAUAUUUCAAUAUUAUUAAAAAUGAUUCUUAUCAAAAAUAAUUAUCAGAAGUAUAUUUUCAUUGCUCAACUGUAAAAUACAAGCGCUUGUAUGGACAAGUACAGAUGAAACAGAUCAGACAGUUUAGCAGAAAAACUUUACAACAACGUUUUUGUAGUGAUCCAAAAUUCACACCCAAUACAAUGCAACGUAAACUCCAAGCAACUCCUUUCAAUGCUUUCAGUUGUAUUUAGGCUCUUCUAGAAUGCAAAUAACAAGUCUUACAUUCAAACUGGGUCUAUACAGUAUAAGGUGUAUAUAUACUGUGUAUAUAUACCCUGUAUAUAUAUAUAUAUAUAUAUAUACACAGUAUAUCAAUGCCAAUGGUUACUGGACAGUAUACAGUAGGUUGCCGAGUUACAGCAGUUCAAAAUAAAGUACAGCAUGCAGCGUCCUGCUGACUACUACCUCGUCACUAUUGUCGAUACUUUCGAUUUCAAGAUGUAUUCUUCAUCAGCAUCAUCAUCAUCAUGGCUGUAUUGAAAUAUACAUGAGCCAUCCACGUUUCUAUCAAAGAUUUCUUGUCUAGAAAUGCCCCUGCCAAGAUACACUAUACACACAAAAGUAUGUGGACAUCCCUUCCAAUUGGUGGAUUUGCCUAUUUCAACCACACCCAUUGCUGACAGGUGUAUAAAAUUGAGCACACAGCCAUGCAAUCUCCAUAAACAAACAUUGGCAGUAGAAUGUUCUUACUGAAGAGCUCAGUGACUUUCAACAUGGCACCGUCAUAGGAUGCCACCUUUCCAACAAGUCAGUUUGUCAAAUUUCUGCCCUGCUAGAGCUGCCCCAGUCAGCUGUAAGUGCUGUUAUUGUGAAGUGGAAACGUCUAGGAGCAACAUUGGCUCAGCCGCAAAAUGGUAGGCCACACAAGCUCACAGAAUGGGACCGCGAAGUGCUGAAGCACAUAGCGCAUAAAAAUCACUACCAAGUUCCAAACUGCCUCUGGAAGCAAGUCAGCACAAGAACUGUUCGUCAGGAGCUUCAUGAAAUGGGUUUCCAUGGCUGAGCAGCCGCACACAAGCCUAAGAUCACCAUGCGCAAUGCCAAGUGUCGGCUGGACUGGUGUAAAGCUCGCCACCAUUGGUCUCCGAACAGGUGUACACACGUUCUCUGGAGUGAUGAAUCACGCUUCACCAUCUGGCAGUCCAAUGGACGAUUCUGGGUUUGGGGGAUGCCAGGAGAAUGCUACCUGCCCCAAUGCAUAAUAGUCUGGGGCUGUUUUUCAUGGUUCGGGCUACAGUAGGCCCCUUAGUUCCAGUGAAGGGAAAGCCUAACACUACAGCAUAUAAUGAUAUUGUAGACAAUCCUGUGCUUCUAAAUUUGUGGCAACAGUUUGGAGUAGGCCCUUCAUGUUUUAGCAUGCCAAUGCCCCCAUGCACAAAGCAAGGUCCUUACAGAAAUGGUUUGUCGAGAUCGGUAUCUAAGAAAUUGACUGGCCUACACAGAGCCCUGACCUCAACUCCACCGAUCACCUUUGGGAUGAAUUGGAAUGCCGACUACGAGCCAGGUCUAAUCGCCCAACAUCAGUGCACGAACUCACUAAUUCUCUCGUGGCUGAAUGGAAGAAAGUCCCCGCAACAAUGUUCCAACAUCUAGUGGAAAGUCUUCCCAGAAGUGUGGAGGCUGUUAUCGCAGCAAAGGGGGGACCAACUCCACAUUAAUGCCCAUGAUAUUGGAAUGAGAUGUUCGACGAGCAGGUGUCCACAUACUUUUGGUCAUGUAGUGUAUUUGUAAUUAUAGUCACCAGUAGUCUCUUACCAUCCAUAUAUCUGUUUGUAAAGGUAAAGCAUGCUUAAAGUUGACUUCAUGAUUUGGCUAUCAGUGGGCGAGACCCAUUUUGGUUAUGAAGCGGGUACAUGUUUUUAUUAACAUCAAUGUGUCAGAAUUGGUCCCUUGAUGAUAAACUUGCAUUAAGGAACAGGUACUUCAAAUUAUUUCCUGUUCCUACAGUAUAAAUAUUAAUGGUGUGAAUUAUAUCAUUUGGCAACAGUGUACAUUGAUAUCUCUGAUUGUUGAAUCACCAAUAUCUGUGUCACCUUUAUGUUUUGAUUUCCUAAAAGGUAAAGGAAGAAAUAAUUAAAUAACUCCCAGAA